AUGGACCGAGCCUCCCACAUGCACACCGAGAGCGAGAGCUCGCUGGGCGACGGCUCCAACAAGGUAUCAUCUACACCCCCCGCCAGCAAUGAGCAGUCGAGAUCAUCCAUCGACCCGAACGAGGCUGCAAAUGCUAACCUUUCUGCCCCCGGCCUCGACUCUGUGCAAGAUACUUCAGCUGCCCCUGUCAAAGCGGAGUCGUCACCGAUGCCCAAAGCUGCGACUGCAUCGUACUCACCACAGCCUGCUGAAGCCACACUAUUGCCUCAGCAACAGGACGAUAACCACAACACAGCCCCACCUGGUCUGUUUCCACCUCCAUCACCAAUGCCAGAGUCGUCUGUCGGCAGUCCAAUGAGCAGCGCACACAUCAGCAGUCCUGCCAUGCAACCCUCCUCCUCUUCGUUAUGGUCCCAACCGCCAACCGUCCAGUCCUCCGAUCCCUUCCGUGAUACGUCGUCUCGGUCGUUCGAACGCGACGAGCUCCUUUCUGUUCUCGAAGCCCUUCACAGAUGCUCUGCUACCGACUUGCAGACCAAGCUCCACCUCGGCGGUCAUCUCCAUCGCUUGCUCGUCGAGGGUACAUCUACCUCAGCGCCGGCUCGAGUUCAUGGCUAUCGCGACGAUUUCCGCGAAGCUGGCGGCUUUCUCGUCGUUAUCCAGCUCAUCUCGACGCUCGAUUGUACGCAACCACCGUCUGAAGCAGAUGACUACGCGGCCUUACAGGUCGAGAUCUUCAAGCUCGCCCUCUCGAUCUUAUCCGCAUCGCUCGUUCAGCAUCCUCUCAACGUCAAAGCCUUCGAAGCGACCGUAGGAUGGAACAGUCUGUUGGACGCUGUCGAGAUCGCUGCCAGUGGACCCAUCCCGCUCGACCACGUAUUUGGCUCGUUCCUUGGUCUAGCCUUGGCUGACGUCUCGACGUACGCCGGGCGCAUCGUCUCAACACGUCGCUUCCUUGCGGAUCACGCCUCUCAACAAAACGCCGAGAUAGGCACUAACGCGCAGCAGCAAUCCUCCUCCGACUCCGCCAUGGAGGGCCUGCUCGUCUCCAGAGUCAAAGAUCAAUGGACGCCCGUGCCUAGCCUCGCAUUUCCCCACGCAAUCCGCAUUGUGCUUCAGCUCCUCUUCCGUAAGACCUCGCACACGCACCAGCAGACCCAUGUCGAUCCUAUGGAUUCCAUCGGCGUGCGUAUCGUGUUGCACGUUCUGCUGCGGCUGGUGUCUUCGCAUCGGCGAAACCAGUCUACGCUCGCUGGCGUCGCUAGCACCACUGUCUUGCUCGAUGCUAUCCUGCCAGCCGACGUCACACACGCCACUCGAUCUGUGUCGUCCACCUCUGCAACAAGGAUUCAGCAGCGAUCGACGGCUUCCUCAGGUAGCCCAACCACCCAGAUCGUCAACGAGCCCGGCUCGCUCGAUGGCGCGUUGCGGCAUCGCGACCUCAUCGCUCUGAUCCUCCGACAACUGUACGCUGCAGCAGGCAUUCCGGACAAGGACGGUCGCAGACUCCUCAUCUACCUCUCAUCAGCUUCAGCACGUUCAAGCAAAACAGAGACCUUUGGAGAAGAUGACCGCGAGCGCGUGCUCGACUUGCUCCUCGAUGUCGCCAACACUUCCCUGGAGCCAAACACGGUUCUCUUCAGCAUGGCCGAGCAUGGCCAUGCCUCGCUCGCCUUUUCCACCCUUCGGCGCCCUUUCCCGCCUUCCUCGUCGUCAAGAGGCUUUACUUUCGUUACUGCCUUUUCCAUCGAGCGCAUUGAGCCCAGCCUACCGAUCGAGCUGCUCACCCUCUUCGAUGCGCACCGUUCGCUGCACGUUCAGCUCUUCAUCGAGCCAGGCACUGGUCACUUGAGCUAUGCCACCGGUUUGCAUGCUUCGUCGCCUCCCACACGCUUCAACAAGGCCACCUUUCUCACCAACAGACGGUACCACCUCGUCUUUGUCCACCUGUUCCCUCGUGGUGGCGCACACAUGUCUCCCGCCCGGCUCUUUGUCGAUGGAGAGCUCGUAGAAGAGAAGUUGGCGCCCUGGCCCACUCAGAAUCGAAGCGUCGUCACCUCAGCGUCCGUGCAAGGUCACAUUGCCAACCCUGUGCGCGCCGUGCUGGGCUCUCCACCCGGCCACAGCCAUGACGCGGCCAAGACUCCGCAAGAUCCCCAAUCGCCGGCUCGUACCAAUCGAUUGGUGUGGUCGCUCGGUCCCACCAUGCUCAUCGACGAUGCAAUCUCCAACGACUUGCCCCUCGUCUUUCACGAGUUGGGUCCUCGGUACACCGGCAAUGCGCAGGACUCGCUGGGUCGUUUCUUAACGUACCGUGCGAGCGCCAACAUCAACCUGCGUCUGGACCAAAUAGCUCGCAAACCACCCGCAGCGGCACCCAACGGCAACUCCGUACUCUCCGAGAAGGAGCUGUCCAAUCUGCCUCUGGUCACUGCCAUCGCUGGACGCGCCAGCGACUUGAUACCGGAAGACCGUUUGUACUUUGUCGUCAACGCCGCCAUCACGGCAACCUUUGAUCGAUCAGGGGCAAGCGCCAGUCGUUCCUCUUCUUUCGGCUUUGCAGCGGCUGCCUCUUCUGACCCUACCAAAAGAUCAGGUUCGCGCGUCGUGCUCAAUCAAGCGGUACCACUGAAUCGUGAAGCAGUUGGAUCUUCCUUUGGUCUUGCAAAGAUGUACGGCGAUCCGACAUUGUUGGUGCCACAACCUCUCGACGAGAUGAUUUGGAAGCUCGGAGGCUGUGCAAUCUUGCUCCGACUCAUCGCGGACUCGGAAACGCCAGAUACGCUGGCAAAGACGUUGCGUCUCUUUCUGCAGCUCAUCUCGCAGUCGUGGCGUCUGAGCGAGGACGUCGAGCGAUGCAAGGGCUACGAAGUGUUGGGCUACCUCCUGCACAACAAAGGCGCUCUAUUCAACGAUGAGAUCGCGUCCACCAUCUUCAACGCCGUGGGCAUCGAUGUCGGAGAGAACUCGGCCCGCGACGGAUCGCUCCUCGUCAAUCCGUUUCUCUAUCGUAUCGUCAUGCUCGACUUUGAGCUCUGGUCUCAAACGGAUCCAGAGCUGCAACGUUGGCAUUUGGCUCACUUUCAAGCGCUCCUGCGCACAUCACGGCAUCGGAGGUUUAAUGCCAAGCGGGUGGCCAAGAUGCAAAUCGUCAAGAAGCUUGUCCAUGCGAUCCGAUCCGACGCCUACACAAUCGAACUCGCUCCCGCAUUGACCGAUGCUUUGCGUGCGAUACUCGCCUCUUCCUUUUCUGAUGCUUCUGUGCGCAUCAUCACGUCGUACCUAGCGUCACAGUUGUGUCGCACCUCGGCUUCGCAGGUGGACGAGCCCGCACUCUCACCAUUCUCCUCCUCGUCUCCAAUAACGUUAGGCCACGACCUUCAGCGCGCAGCGGCAGGGGACUCGCCUGGCGGAGCUGCAAAUGUUGACGGUAGCACAAGCAGUGCGGAUGCAGCAACGAAGACUCCGACGGUUCCAGACACCGCCGAGGCGAACGAACCACCAGCACUUCACCAAGCGCUUGCCAUCUACGAGCUGAUGACCGAUCUACUCCGCGAGCGUCGCGAUCGCCUUGUGCGCUUGGCUGAGAACAGCGGCUCCAAGAGCAGGGACGCUUUCAAGGCUGUGGCCCAUGUGGAGCGAUUGCAAAAGCUGCAUGAGUCUCUCCGCCGGGUCGACACGCGCCGACAGGUGGCAACGAGCAGCGAGAAGCGUUUGAUGGCGUGGCAAACAAGCUUGGUCGAGGCCGAAAACGUGCGCAGAUCCAAAUUCAUCAACGACCUACACGAGAUGCAGACAUUCGCCCGAAUGCAGUGGCGUGAGCUUCAGGCCGGUCUCACACGUGAGCGAGCGUUGCUUGCCACCACCGUUGGCAGUGACAGGGACGCGAAGGCAAGCAAAGGCCAGUGGCGUCUCGAUCCAACCGAAGGCCCUGACCGGAUCCGACUCAAGUUGCAGCUCUUGGACGAGUCUGCGCUCCCAUCGACUGACGUGGUUGCCCCCCAGCUUGCGGAGUUCGAGCCCGUUGAGCCUGCUGCGUCCUCCAUCGCAGCGUCAAAGAUGGGCUUACGUAGGAAUUCGUGGGGCAGUGCCGAUGCCUCUUUGGUCGACAACGAUCACAUCCUGUCCUUGCCAUCUUCUGACGCUUUGAGGAGCCCCGGGGACGUCGUCCAAGUCGAAAAGCUUGAAAACACUGAGGCCUUUGAUGCAACCAGCCCGGUGGCCGCCGAAACGUCGGGUGAAUUGUUCCAUGAAGACAAGUACCGCCGCGUGCUGCGCUCCCUCGAGCGCGGCGACGUAAUCGAGGCUGUCUUCAACACUUCGCGUGUCGUGGGCAUCGAAUCCAGAGGCUGUCUGCUGAUCCUCGGCAAGCUCUGCGUUUACUUGAUGGACGACUAUUUCCAGCGUCCCAACGGCGAGCUGAUCAAUGUAUGGGAGGCGCCGGCAGAGGAGCGUGACACGCUGGUCAUGGCGACGCUGGCGGGCGAUGCGUCCAAGCCCUCGGACCUCAUCCGCGAUCUCGAGGGCGACGCGCAGACACGCAAGUGGCCGUGGUCGACGGUACAGAUCUGCCAUCGGCGCUCCUGGCUGCAUCGGCGCACGGCGGUCGAGAUCUUCUUUGAAGAUGGACAGAGCUGCUUGCUCGUCUGUCCAGAGACGGCAACGGCGCAGAAGAUGCACCGAGAACUGCAGAUCCGGGCACCCUCCGCUGUAGCCUCUGCCGAAAGCAUGCGAGAAGGGAUCCGAGAAAGAGGCGGAGGAGGGGGCGGAUCGUCAUCGUCAUCGUCUGCGGCUUCCCCCUCCGGUCUUGGCUCGAGGCUUGCUGGUGCGGUGCUCGGUCGAUCUUCCGGUUGGGGUGCGAUGACGACGGCGUGGCGAGAAGGACGCAUCAGCAACUUUGCCUACCUGAUGGCACUCAACACUCUGGCGGGACGGUCGAUGAACGACCUCACGCAAUUCCCCUGCUUUCCAUGGGUGUUGGCCGACUACUCGAGCGAUGAGGUGGAUCUCGACGAUCCCGCCAGCUUCCGCAAGCUGGAGCUGCCGAUGGGGGCGCAGACGCCUACCCGACGAAAGGAGUUCGAGGACCGAUAUGUCCAGCUGCAAGAGGUGGAUAUGGAUCCGUUCCACUACGGCACGCACUACUCGACGGCAUCGACGGUGUGCGGCUUCCUGAUCCGCACACGACCGUUCGAGCGCUUGCUGAUGGCGCUGCAGGGUGGCAACUUUGAUCUGGCGGAUCGCACAUUUGGCUCGAUCGGCAAAGCAUGGAUGUCGGCGUCCGAGCUUUCGCGUGGCGACGUGCGCGAGUUGAUCCCCGAGUUCUUCUACUUGCCCGAGUUCCUGCGCAACACGAAUCGGUUCAACUUUGGCGUCACGCAGGCGGGCGAUCUGAUCGACGACGUCGAGUUGCCACCGUGGGCCAAGGAUGAUCCGCGUCUGUUCGUGUUGAAGCACCGAGAGGCGCUCGAGUCUGAGUACGUCUCGCAGAGGCUGCAUCACUGGAUCGACCUGAUCUUUGGCUAUCGAUCGCGCGGCAACGAGGCGGUGGAGAGCACCAACGUCUUUCAUCCGCUCAGCUACGAAGACGCGGUGGAUUUGGACUCCAUCGAGUCGGCCAUGGAGCGACAGGCAGCAGCGCAGGUGAUCCACAAUUUUGGACAGACUCCGUCGAAGCUGUUCCACCAGCCUCAUCCACAGAGGUUGCGAAGGCUGCACGCCUCACUCUCGGCGUCGGAGCGCUUCGGGAUGCUGGAGCAUCCGAGACUGAUCGUGCAGGGCAUCGCGCCCAUCCGCACGCUCAAGAAUGCGGUGCACUUCAUCUACCCCUUCCAUCCGGAAAGGGCGUUUGCGUCGCCCAAGGACUAUCUGAUCCUGCCCAAGUUGGGUGUCUCGCUGUCAACGGAUCACCUGGAUGGCAGUUUGCGCAUGUACAGCUCGCGGGAUGCGAAACACCCGCUCGCCGUGGUGGAGCAGAUGGUGCCGGACCGUGUCACGUGCCUGGCGCAAGCUCGUGCCAAAUCCAUCGUGGCUGGCAGCUCGGACGGCAUGGUGAGCAUCUGGGAGCUCGAUGGCGCUCAACGUGAGGUAACACUGUCGAACCUGCUGCGCGGUCACGACGAUUCAGUGAUGUGCGUUGCGGCCUCGUCAGCAUGGAGCGUGGUGCUGACCGGCUCGAAGGACCGCACUGCCAUCGUGUGGGAUCUCAAUCGAGGUGCGUACGUGCGCACGCUUCGUGGGCACGACGCCGGCGUGCAUUUGGUGGCAAUCGAUGAAAAGACGUGUCACCUGGCGACGGCCAGUGGACCCGAAGUGCGGCUGUGGUCGAUCAACGGAGAGCUGCUGGCGCGGCUCGAGACGAGCGCCAAUGUGUCGGAACCCGUCGGCAGCCUGAGCUUUUUCGAACGCGAUUACCAUGUUGGACGCCUCGCCGUGCUGCUCACCGGCCACCGCGGCAGGGUGAUUGCAUGGGAGGCGGUGUCAGAGCACCCACCGUCGACGUCGACGGCGUCUACGGUCAGUGUGCGUCGAUCACCGUCGUCCGCUUCUGCAUCGAAACAGAAAGCAAACCAGAAGCAGAAACAGAGUCAGCAGCGACGACUGGCUUCCGAAGGAAGCUACCACCAAGCCAGCGCUUCCGCAUCUUCGCUCCCGCUCUGGCGACUCGCACCGUUACAGGUGCUCGAACACCACGACCGACUGGGCGGCACAGAGGCCGGCGGUGCCGCCAGCAGUGGAAGCGUACCGUACGCACGACCGCUGAUCACAGCCAUCGCCACAACGGCCAAGAUGGUGUUGACGGGCGACGAACACGGACGGCUGUAUCAGUGGACGUUGGUGGGCGAGGCGGUGGGCGUGCCGGACUCGUUCUCGUCGCACUGCAUGAAUCCGAGCUGCUCGAAGAAGUUCGGGCUGCUCGAGUCGCGCAAGAGCUGUGCUGGCUGCGGCGGGCUGUUCUGCGGCGCCUGUGCGGCGGCGCACAGCGAGUUUGGGGCCCAGCAGCGCUUCUGUCCGCACUGCCAUGUGGUGAUCGAUAGCUCGGGCUACUUUGACGUCUGA